AUGCCGGUUCAAUUAUUGGGCAGGGACCAGAUUGCGGUUGCUUAUGAGGCACCUGCAACGGGUAGUUCUGAGGGUGGCUUUGGACAUUUUGAACGGAGUUGGCAAGACAGGUUUAUUGAAAUAUUUGAGAGAUUCCGUCGUAGUAGGGUUUUCCAAGUUCCUAUUGUGCAUUGUAUAUUAUUGACAGUGUGGCUGGUACUGUUAACAAAAUUUUGGGGGGUUUAUGGAGGCAUUUACAAGAGGUCGGCGUUGCUUGCGACGUACUGUUCUAAUAUUCUGCUGUUUGGUUUGUCAGAUUUGUUAGCUCAAUGCAUAUCAUGUGUGAUGGCAUCUCAGAUAGAUCCUGUGCCUAGAGUGAUCAAUAAUACUGCUAAAAACAUCAUGAUGCAUUUACAGAGAAGGGAUCCAAGUGAGAGCUUGUUUGAAGACGAGGAAAUGGACGAUGAGGUGGACAAUGUUUCUGUAUUUAAUGACUAUGGACCGCAGCGGGCGGCUGUGGGAAUAUACGAUCCAGAUGAUAUGGGUCUAGAUUUUGGAGCGGAACAGGCUAUUCAGAAUUUUAACCUUUAUCGAUGGGCGUGUUUUGUGGCUUGGGGAUGGUUCAUGGCGAAUUUUCAGGUGCCGUGGUAUAUAAUUCUGAAUUACUUAUUUACAGAGGAUCCGACGGUUGUGCAGGUAUUAGAACGUGUCCUUUCAGAUCAACUGCUGUACUCUCCAAUAUCUCUGUACUGUUUCUUUAUGUACUCAAAUUACAUAAUGGAGCGUGGGGAUGAAAAGUCGUUUGCCAAGAAAAUCCAGAGGGUUUAUUUGAGCACACUGGGCUGUAAUUACUUGGUUUGGCCGAUGGUCCAAUUCAUCAAUUUCUUGCUGAUGCCCAAACCACUACAGGUGCCUUUCAGCUCUGCAGUUGGGGUUGUGUGGAACUGCUUUUUAUCGAUGCGCACAGCGGCGACGCAGUCCACAUAG